AUGGAGGGGCUGCGGCUGAAGGACGUCCGGCUGUCGCGGUUCGCCGCUGCCUCCCCGGACGAGGCCGCGUUCGACCCGGCGGCGCUUCCGGCGUGGCAGUCGUACGCCCUGCUGACUUCCCACAUCGGUCAGAAGGGCCUGCAGGCCGGCGGCGUCUUCGGCGCGCUGUACGCGGGCGUCCGCGUCGCCCUCUCCAAGGGCCAGCGGCCCGUGCACGCCGUUCUCACGGACGUGGGUCUGACCACGGCGGGCAUGGUGGCCAUCUCGCUGGGCCUGGGCGCGUACAAGAUGGCGGGGUUCGAGUCGCGCGACAGCGUCGACGACCGCGUGUACAAGCUGCACUACAACGAGGGGCAGGCCUUCGUCGACAGACUCGCCGGGUACUCGGCAGUGGUUGGCGCGGGCGUCGCGGCGCUGAUGGUGCUGGGCGCGCCCCCGCAGGCAGCACCGCUGCUGGGUGUGGUGGGCGGCGCGGGGCUGGGCGCGGCGGGCGGCGUGCUGGUCGGGAUGGCGGCAAUCAGGGACGAGAAGACCGCUGAAAGGAAGAUGCCGUCGUGGGCGGCGACGAUCAAGGACCGUGCCGUGAUAGCGGGCCAGAAGAUCAAGCACGAGCUCGUCAGCAAGGACUAA